AUGCAGUCUUUGCCCCAUAUAUGGCGGGCUUCGGAACCUGCCUCUGAUAGUCAUGAGCCCUACGAGCUACUCGAAAUAUCUGGUUACUCUAAUACGAGAAUCCCCAAUGGACCCUAUUGCGACGAUAUCCUCGUUCCAGGUCAAGAGCUGCGAAUAUCGAAGAGCAUCUACCUCGAAGACGAUAACCUUGAGAUCGCCGAGACUAUUGUACAUCCCAUGGUUGACUAUACGGGUCAGUCUAAAGAUCUGAGUUUCAAGGAGACUGUCAAGAAGACGUGGGGUGCAAUGGCUGGGUCAAGUGUGUGGCUCGAGAAAUAUCAAGUUUACUUUUCUGUUACAAGAGUCUUCUUUUACACCCAAGGUGUUAAGCACUGGCCAAAGAUCAGUUUCCUCUAUGCACAGAUCUACGACCCGUCCUGGACUAAGCUGAACAAUUUCACCAUUUCGUGGCAAGGUGAGAGCAUUGUGUUCCCACGUGUUCUUGAUGUGGAAGCCGAGUACGAGAUUGGUGGUGGAUUCUAUGGGCCCGAGGAUCCGCGCGUCAUCAUCGAGCAAGGCGUUCAAGACGCUGAGCCCAUCGUGGUCUUCAACAUGGUGCAACUUCGAGAUAAGGUCCGAUCAAUGUACAUUCACAGGCCAUUUUCAAACUUUACGACCAACCUCAAAUUCUCUGGCAAGGGAAACACAGGCACGCAGAAGAAUUGGUCUCCUUUUUUCAUGCCACGUAACUACACAGACAGCAUUGACAAUCAGCGGUGGCCGAGCAAGCAUAUUAACUUCAUUUUCGAUUGGCACCCCUUGAAGAUUACUCGUUGCCACUUACUCAACGGAAAUUGCGAUUUUGUGUACAGCCAAGACCAAUCAGGAACCAAGUAUUCAGACCACGUCGCCAUGAAUAAGUACAACGACACACAAAGCGCUAUGCGUGGUGGCUCAAAUUUCGAGCCGCUAGGUAUCUCACCCGGUCCAGGUCUGACUUCAUUCGUGGGAUUUCCACGAACCCACACUGAUGCUGGUUGUGGAAAGGAAGCUAUCUAUCGUCCCGUGGUUGCUAUUAUGACUACAAAUGGCACGCAUUUCUACCUAGACUACAUGUCUAGUGGCCUCGACUUUGGCCAUUCAGUGCUAACGGAGGCGCAGUACAACGAUGUCUGUGAUAAGGGCCGCAUUCUACUAACGAACAGCAUUGCCAAGCUUGAUCCACGACCACAGCACGAUAAAAUUACUUUGUCCAUGACUGUGGCUGACUCAACAGUACAGGUUGCCAAUCUCCAUGGCGUCGGAAAUCUGGUUAGCAAUCUGCCACAAUUCAAUCUCAACAAAACAGCCGCAUGGCAUAACGAGGCCGUUCAAGCCUUCAGGCUCAACGUGACACACGACGUGCUGGUCUGUGCGGUGCAAACAAUUUCGGAUUAUGCGAUUCGCUUUACCAAUGUCACUGAUCGAACAAUCACUACAUGA